AUUACUCUGGCGGGGCAGUGUCACAUUUCCUUCAUGCUACUUUUGUGGCUGACACAAGUUAGGCAGUGAGAUUUGGGCUUUGGAUGACCCUGGUUGAUUGAUAUAGGAAUGGUGCUUCUCCUCAGACAGCACAGAACUGCUCGCAUGCCUAAUCUCCAACUGAAGACUUCCUCUGUCAAUAGAACUUCCCGAUUCCUUGACAUUCCUGUGGAUCAUCCCAACCAUGCAAGACGACAGCAUAGAAGCUUCUACAUCCAUCUCUCAGCUUCUAAGAGAGAGCUAUUUAGCAGAAACUAGACAUCGGGGAAACAAUGAGAGGAGUCGAGCAGAGCCUUCUUCCAACCCUUUCCAUUUUGGUAGUCCUUCUGGAGCUGCUGAAGGUGGAGGAGGUCAAGAUGACCUUCCAGAUCUUUCAGCCUUUCUGAGCCAAGAAGAAUUAGAUGAAAGUGUCAAUCUGGCAAGAUUAGCCAUCAAUCAUGAUCCUUUGGAGAAAGGAGAUGAAGCUCCAGCUAGAAAAUGCCUUUCUUCUGAUCAGAUGAAACACUCACCUAAAUCAAGUUUUGACCCUAACUUCUGCCAGGAUAACUCUCGAAGUCCUACCAGCUCUAAAGAGAGCCCCCAGGAGGCAAAAAGGCCACAGUAUAGUUCUGAAGCCCAGUCCAAAAAAGUAUUCUUAAAUAAGGCUGCCGAUUUCAUUGAAGAGCUGUCCUCCCUUUUCAAAGCCCAUAGCUCCAAAAGGAUUAGACCUCGUGCCUGCAAAAACCACAAGAGUAAAUCGGAAUCUCAAAACAAAGUUACGCAGGAAAAUAGCUGCAGUUUCUCAGCUCUAUCAGAAAGAGAAAGAUCUUCUGUUCCUAUCCCUAUCCCUGCAGAUAGUAGGGAUAAUGAAGUGAAUCAUGCCCUUGAACAGCAGGAAGCUAAGCGGCGGGAAGCUGAGCAGGCUGCCAGUGAAGCAGCUGCUGGAGACACCACCCCGGGGUCUUCACCUUCAUCUUUGUACUAUGAAGAACCUCUGGGACAGCCUCCCCGGUUCACUCAAAAGUUACGGAGCAGAGAAGUUCCAGAAGGAAGCAGAGUACAGUUGGAUUGCAUAGUGGUAGGAAUUCCGCCACCUCAAGUAAGGUGGUACUGUGAAGGCAAAGAGCUUGAAAAUUCCCCAGACAUUCAUAUUGUCCAGGCAGGAAAUCUGCACUCACUGACCAUUGCUGAAGCCUUUGAAGAGGACACAGGACGCUAUUCCUGCUUUGCUUCUAAUAUCUAUGGGACAGAUUCAACUUCUGCUGAGAUUUACAUAGAAGGGGUUUCUUCUUCUGAUUCAGAAGGGGACCCUAAGGAAGAGAUGAAUAGAAUCCAGAAGUCAAAUGAGGUGUCAUCUCCUCCCACUACUUCUGCAGCCAUUCCUUCAGCAGUACCCCAAGCUCAGCGUGUGCUGGCCCAGCCUAGUGUGUCAACCAUUCAUCAGUGUCAGAGCCCUACCAAUUAUUUGCAAGGGUUGGAUGGAAAACCUAUCAUUGCAGCUCCUGUGUUUACAAAGAUGUUACAAAAUUUAUCAGCCUCUGAGGGUCAGCUGGUUGUCUUUGAAUGCAGAGUAAAAGGAGCUCCAUCUCCUAAAGUUGAGUGGUAUAGAGAAGGGACCUUGAUAGAAGAUUCUCCAGAUUUUAGAAUUUUACAGAAAAAACCUCGAUCCAUGGCAGAGCCAGAGGAGAUUUGUACUUUGGUCAUUGCUGAGGUUUUUGCAGAAGACUCUGGGUGCUUCACAUGUACUGCAAGCAACAAAUACGGCACGGUGUCAAGCAUUGCGCAGCUAGAUGUAAGAGGAAAUGAAUACCUCAGCAAUAACGGGUCUCUUCACUCAGCCAACUCCACCACCAACCUGGCUGCUGUGGAGCAACAGCCCUCCCCACCCAACCCAGAGCCUCCUUCUGUGGAACCACCCCCCAAACCCAAACUCGAAGGGGUUCUGGUGAAUCACAAUGAGCCCCGCUCCAGCUCGAGGAUUGGGCUUCGUGUGCACUUCAAUCUGCCUGAAGAUGACAAAGGAAGUGAAGUGUCGUCUGAGGGUGGCAUGGUGACCACCAACCAGACCAGGCCUGAUUCUUUCCUGGAGAGAUUCAAUGGACAGGCAACAAAAAUCCCUGAGCCUUCUUCACCUGUCAAAGAGCCCCCUCCAGUCCUGGCCAAACCCAAACUCGAUUCCAGUCAGCUACAGCAGCUUCACAACCAAGUCUUACUGGAACAACAGCAGUUGCAAAACCCAUCUCCUUCAUCUCCUAAGGAGUUUCCUUUCAACAUGAGUGUUUUGAACUCCACUGCUCCCCCCGCAGUGACAACGUCCAGCAAAGCUGUGAAGGCCCCUUCACCCCAGACGUUCAGCUUGGCCCGGCCAAAGCAUUUCUUCCCCUCCACGAACACCACCGCGGCCGCCGUGUCCCCUUCCAGCUCUCCAGUGUUCACCCUGAGCAGCACUCCUCAAGCCAUUCAGAGGACAGUGAGCAAAGAAAGCCUGCUAGUUUCUCACCCCUCCAUGCAAACCAAAUCUCUAGGAGGUUCCGUCCAAAACGAGCUACCCGCUCCAGGUUCAGUGGAGCCAGCACAACCGCCACUCACGUUUUCCAUCUCUGGCGGAAACCAGUUUCAGCCUCGCUGUGUGUCCCCAGCUCCCGUCUCUCCCACUAGCCGGAUUCAAAACCCUGUGGCUUUCCUCAGCUCUGUCCUGCCUUCUCUCCCUGCCAUCCCACCCACCAAUGCCAUGGGGCUGCCUAGAAGUGCGCCAUCCACGCCAUCCCAGGGACUAAUGAAGAAAAAUACAAAGUGUCCCCAGCCCGUGAAUGACGAUUACAUUCGUGAAACUAAGAAUGCAGUGAUUCUAGACUUGGGGAAAAAAAUGAAUUUCAAUGAUGUCAGAUCAAACCAGCAGGAAUACAAAAUUUCAAGCUUUGAACAGAGACUGAUGAAUGAAAUAGAGUUUCGCUUGGAACGUACCCCUGUUGAUGAAUCAGAUGAUGAAAUCCAACAUGAUGAGAUCCCCACGGGCAAGUGUAUUGCCCCCAUCUUUGACAAAAGACUCAAGCACUUCCGGGUCACAGAAGGCUCUCCAGUCACAUUCACCUGCAAAAUUGUUGGGAUACCUGUUCCAAAGGUUUACUGGUUCAAAGAUGGGAAGCAGAUUUCAAAGAGAAAUGAGCACUGCAAAAUGAGGCGAGAAGGAGAUGGGACAUGUUCUCUGCACAUUGAAUCCACCACCAGUGAUGAUGAUGGCAACUACACCAUCAUGGCUGCCAACCCCCAGGGGAGAAUCAGCUGUUCUGGCCACUUAAUGGUACAAAGUUUGCCUGUUCGCAGUCGACUAACAUCUGCUGGUCAGUCUCACAGAGGAAGGUCCCGGGUGCAAGAAAGAGACAAGGAGCCCCUACAGGAACGCUUUUUUCGACCACAUUUCCUCCAGGCUCCUGGGGAUAUGGUAGCUCAUGAGGGGCGCCUCUGUCGACUGGACUGUAAGGUGAGUGGCUUACCGCCCCCAGAGCUGACGUGGCUGCUCAAUGGCCAACCUGUGCUCCCCGAUGUCUCCCACAAGAUGCUGGUCAGGGAGACCGGAGUCCACUCUCUGCUCAUUGAUCCGCUCACUCAACGUGAUGCAGGGACCUAUACGUGUGUUGCUACCAACAAAACUGGACAGAAUUCCUUUAGUCUGGAGCUCACUGUAGUAGCCAAAGAGGUGAAGAAAGCGCCUGUGAUCCUGGAGAAACUGAAGAACAGCGGAGUCCCAGAAGGCCACCCAGUGAGGCUGGAGUGCCGUGUGAUAGGCAUGCCGCCGCCCGUGUUCUACUGGAAGAAGGACAAUGAGACCAUUCCUUUCACUAGAGAGAGGAUCAGUAUGCACCAGGACGCAACAGGGUAUGUCUGUCUCCUCAUUCAGCCAGCCAAGAAAUCAGACGCUGGAUGGUACACAUUGUCAGCCAAGAAUGAAGCCGGCAUUGUGUCGUGCACGGCCAGGUUGGAUAUAUAUGCUCAGUGGCACCAGCAGAUCCCACCACCCAUGUCCAUCCGGCCCAGUGGCAGUCGCUACGGAUCUCUCACCAGUAAAGGACUUGACAUUUUCUCGGCCUUCUCCUCCGUGGAAAGCACAAUGGUGUACUCAUGCUCUUCUCGGAGUGUAGUGGAGAGUGAUGAACUUUAAGAACGUCCUGGGUGCCUAAUGUAUAAGGGGGCGGACUGUGGAGGGGGAAGGAGGACAAGCCAGAACCAGUGGUUUCCAAGCAACUGGAUUUGAGUAAAUUCCCAUGCUGCUGGACCUGUGGCAAGGAGUGCUUUGUGUAAGUCAGCUGGGGACUUGUGCAGUCUCAGCUGGGGGAGAGAUGUAGGGCUGUGCCUUUUAAAGAUUCCAACAAAAAUGUGAGAAGACAAUACAGAUGAACCAAAGAUGUUAUGCCGCUGCCAUCCACUGCUUUGGGAAAAAGCUAGCAUGCUCCCCUGCCCCCUGCUUUAUUAGGGAUAUUUAGGACCUACUAGGAGCAAUUAGGGGCCAUAUGCUUGGGCUAAGAGGAGUUAGGCAGUAGUGACCUUAGGUAUCACUAACUUAUCAAACAAUGCAAAGGAAAAAGAUGGGGAGGUCUCCAUCACCUUUCAUUGAUUACAUCCAUAGCAGUAAUUUUGAUGGAUUCUUUAAGUGAACUUCUACUUAGCAUCAGGAGAUCAUGCCAUACAGCUCACACAUGUGGAGAAGCACUUUUGUUUUGCUUAUCCUGAGUGUACUGAGCCACAUAAUAAAGUGCCAAAAUGUGCUUGAUAUAAAAAAAAUCCCUGAAACACUCUUUGUUGCACAGUGCACUUACUCUGUAGCCAAAACAGGGCCCCACCCACUUAUCUGCACCAUUUUCUUUUGGAUAUGGUGGUGAGUGGUUUUUCUUUCUGACUUUACAUAUCCCUAGACUUUGGAACUAAAGGGUUGUUAAUAAACCAACCAAAAAGAAAUCUUCUGCAAGGUCACUUUAAAAAUUACCAGCUUCAAUCGCCACUUGCAAAAUAUGCAAAAGUCAAUAUCAUCUGUCCAUUAAAUAGUGACCCUCCUACUCCUCCCAUCUCAAAAAUCUGGAAGUGUAUGAGACAGUGAGGAAGGAAGAGAUGCAAACAAGGGGAGGAAGUGACGGGACAGUUGUACUUCACUUGCCGCGGCAGAGCAGCGGUUGUGGAGAGAGAGAGAUCUUUAAUAGUCGUGAGCUGCUUUGAGAUUUUAAUCACAUUGCAUUUUCUAGAUAAAAAAUAUUAUGCUAACUGGGAAAGUAGAAGGAAAGAGGAAUAUGCAUCUUUAUUCUAACUCACUAAUUCAAAACCUGCCAUUUAACUUAAAGAAUUUUUAGACUUAAGUUCACUGCGAUAUGCCAAGUUCCCAGAAGGGUGCUUAGCACAAAGUAGACAUUCGGUAGAUAUUUGUUGGAUGGAUGAAUCCUACAUUAGAUAGCGAAAUCUACAAUUCACACACCAGUCCAAAACUUGCCCUGGGCAUGAUCAUCACAGCACCGUUUGCUCCAGGCUCACCAGUGACAUGAACCGGGGGUGUCUGUUACCGAUUCCUUGCGCCCAAGUCUUUGGUGUUCUCUGAGCCAAGCACACGCAACAGGCUUCUUACUCAAGUGAACAAAUAGUCAUUGCUUAGAAAGGCUUGAAACUUUAUUUUUCUUCACUUCAAGGCAAGGAUCUCCAUUAUAGAAAUAAAUUCAUUCACUGAAAAAAUCAUUUGUGUGUCUACUCUAUAUAAGUUGCUACGCUCGUGGGACAUACAAAGAUAUGAAUAAGACACAGUUCCUGACCUCAGGGAGCUUGCAAUCUAGUAGACGAAGUUAAGAUAUAAGGCAUGUAGAGGGCUGCUUCUUGGGGCAAAAUAUCUAUUUGUUAUCAAAUAGAAACUUCUGGUCCUCUUCAUCCUAUAUUUUUCAUGACUCUAAAAUCAUCUUAAUUGUUUCCAGUCUUUAUUUCUUAAUGAAAUAAAAUGUCAUAGGUUACAUCCUUAAAUAAAGAUUUCAGUCACUCAGCAGAAUUAUUAGAUUUUGUUCCCUGUUUCAUGUAUGCAGGAACGGUACUAAAAAUAUAGGCAACUAUAAUGAAAUAGAAAGCAUUUCAUCCAGUAUGCGUCCUGUAAAAUAUGUUUCCAUAUUGGCUUCUAUUAUGAUAUCUCUUAGAGGGAGAGAGAGAGAGAAAGACAACCUCCUAAUUCCAGGAUUGCUCCUUCACAGUUGUACACGCAACUUUCCCAUCACAUUUCUUUCUGUAAACCCUAGACGGUUCUCCCAUGACAGGGUAUUUUUCAUUUCUGUAUGUCUUAGCUCCCUGAAUAUUUUUUAUCUGUUUCCUUGCAGUGUUUGACAGAGAACUAGAAUAAGUAUUAUGUUCGGCCACCAGAUGGUGAUGUCUAACCUAAAAUACAAAAGCCUAAAAAUUCCUGAAAUUUGAGUUAGUGGAUUACGUUAAAGCAGGGUUUCUCAACCUAAGCAUAACUGACAAUUUGGGCUGGAUCAUUCUUUGUUGUGGGGGACUGUAGGAUGCUUAGCAGCACACCUGACCUCUACCCACUAGAUGCCAGUAGCAUAGCAGCCCCUGCUGGGGUUGGCUACCCAAAAUAUCUGCAGACAUUGCCAUAUGUUCUCUGGGAGGCAGAAUCCCCCUUUGUUGAGAACUACAUUGUUGAACAAAUCAGUGCCCUGCUUUGAGAAUCUAUUAGAAUUUAAUUACAAUGAGGAAUAUUUAUGUAAGAAAUUUGAGUUCUGCUGGAUACAUUUGGAUUCAGCAUAUCCAAAAUUAGACGCAUCAUCUUCCCUUUCAUAUAUGAUUUUCAACCUAGUUUAAUAAUUUUUAUUAAUGGUACCAUCACAUUCCUAGUAAUCCAAGUAAAAAGUAUCCAAGUCAUUUUUUGCUUCCUCUAGCCAAUCAACUGAUAAAUCCUGUUAAUUCUAAUGCUGUUUUUUUGUUUUUUGUUUUUUUUUUGCAUUCAGUCCUUUCCCGUCCCCUGCAGGUCCCCAAGUCAGACAUUUAUUACUUUAUUAAUUUCCUCAAUACUUCUGACUUCUAAGUGGCCUUUCUGCCUCUAGCCCUGCUAUUUCUCCCCACUCAGAUCCAGCCCAGACCUCAGCAUCAGCUCAUUCUUCUUGAAGUGCAGCUUCAGUCCUAUUAUUCCCCAGUUUCAAACCCCCCAG